CGAGCGCGUCCCGGGGCGGGGCGGACGCCGCGCCUUAAGGCUGGAUGACGCGCGGUGCGCUGCUCCUGUGCUAGACCUGCUCGGCUGCCGCGUGUCCGGCCCCGGCCUCCCAGGCACCGUCAGGAGUUAUUGGACCUUCGAAAAACAUCCUUGGAUCUCAGGUGGAAAAUCUGUAUUCUAGUCUGAACCGUGAGAAAUAAGAAUCGUUGGUCUGUGGUUUUCCUACUUGGAGGACAUAAUGUUUUCUAAGCUAGCGCAUCUGCAGGCUGUUGCUGUGCUUUGCCGUGGAGUUCAUUCUUCAGUGGCUUCUGCCACAUCUGUUGCAACUAAAAAGACAGUCCAAGGACCUCCAUCCUCGGAUUACAUUUUUGAACGGGAAUCUAAAUAUGGUGCACACAAUUACCACCCUUUACCUGUCGCCCUGGAGAAAGGGAGAGGUAUUUAUGUAUGGGAUGUAGAAGGAAGAAAAUAUUUUGACUUCCUGAGUGCUUACAGUGCUGUCAACCAAGGGCACUGUCACCCCAAGAUCGUGAAUGCUCUGAAGACUCAGGCGGACAAGCUGACCUUAACAUCGCGGGCUUUCUACAAUAAUGUACUUGGUGAAUAUGAGGAGUAUGUUACCAAACUGUUCAAUUACCACAAAGUUCUUCCUAUGAAUACAGGAGUGGAGGCCGGGGAGACUGCCUGCAAACUCGCACGCCGGUGGGGCUACUCUGUGAAGGGCAUUCAGAAAUACAAGGCCAAGAUUGUGUUCGCAGCUGGAAACUUUUGGGGUAGAACAUUAUCUGCUAUCUCCAGUUCCACAGACCCAACCAGUUAUGAUGGCUUUGGACCCUUUAUGCCGGGUUUUGAAAUUAUCCCAUAUAAUGAUCUUCCUGCACUUGAGCGUGCUCUUCAGGAUCCCGAUGUUGCUGCCUUCAUGGUAGAACCAAUUCAGGGUGAAGCUGGCGUUGUUGUUCCGGAUCCAGGCUACUUAGUGGGAGUGAGAGAACUCUGCACCAGGCACCAGGUCCUGUUUAUUGCUGAUGAGAUUCAGACAGGGUUGGCCAGGACUGGCAGAUGGCUGGCUGUCGAUCAUGAAAAUGUCAGGCCUGACCUGGUUCUUCUUGGAAAGGCCCUUUCUGGUGGCUUAUACCCUGUGUCCGCGGUGUUGUGUGACGAUGAAAUCAUGCUGACCAUUAAACCAGGGGAGCAUGGCUCUACAUACGGUGGUAAUCCACUAGGCUGCCGCGUGGCCAUUGCAGCCCUUGAGGUUUUGGAAGAAGAAAACCUUGCUGCAAAUGCGGAGAAGAUGGGUAUUGUCUUGAGAAACGAACUCAUGAAGCUGCCCUCUGAUAUUGUGACUGCUGUGAGAGGGAAAGGGCUGUUAAAUGCAAUUGUUAUUAGAGAAACCAAAGAUUAUGAUGCUUGGAAGGUGUGUCUGCGGCUUCGAGAUAAUGGGCUUCUGGCUAAGCCCACCCAUGGCGACAUCAUCAGGCUUGCUCCUCCGCUGGUGAUCAAGGAGGACGAGAUCCUGGAGGCGGUGGAGAUCAUUAACAAGACCAUCUUGUCUUUCUGAGGGUGGGACCUGUUUAGUGGCU